CUCAUCGCUUUUGUGUUUAAAUAGUGUUUUAGUCUUUUUUUCAUGAAUUGCAGCCAUAAAAAUACAGUUUUGCAAAAUGUUUGUUUCACCAGCUUCGCAUAAAUAACACUCUAUAACGCUGAAGUAAAAGCAUAGAAUAUGUCUACACAUUUUGCACAGGAAACGAUAUAUAAAUAAUCGUGCAAAUAAUCUGUGACGUCACUGUGUCCCUCUAGUGGUCUGUAGUUCGUGGUGAGUUUCGUUUCUGAGUAAAAGUCCUGCCCAUCAUGAUCCAGUCCAGAACACUGACACACACACACACACACACACACACACACACACACACACACACACACACUGAGAAACAGCAGAAAACAUGUACAGCGAAGGAUCAAAGAUGCCACACAGUGAUUGGAGGGAGAGUUCCAGCAGAAACUCAAACAUAAAACGGAGAAUCGCUCAAACCUCCCAAGGGUCGUUUGGGAGCGAUCCUCAGAACACAAUAAAUCCAGCACCGAAUGAACUGCGCCUGGUUCUGCUGGGGAAAACAGGAGCAGGGAAAAGUGCGACAGGAAACACCAUCCUGGGAAACAAACGCUUUGAUGAUGGAUUGAGCAUGAGUUCGGUCACAAAAGAGUGCAAGAGAGAAUGUGUGAUGGUGAAGGAACGAGAGCUGGUUCUUGUGGACACACCUGGUUUUUUUGACACAAACUUAACAGAUGAAGAACUACAAGAAGAAGUAAUUCAUUGCCUGGCUUUGUGUUCUCCAGGUCCUCAUGCGUUUCUGCUCGUCGUACCGAUAGAGCGAUUCACAGAGGAGCAGCAGCGCACCGUAGACAUGAUUCUGGAGAUGUUUCAUGAGGACGUCACUCAUCACACCAUCCUCAUAUUCUCCCACGCGGAUAGACUUCGAGGAGGAUCCAUUGAAGAGUUUAUUUCAAAACAAAAUCAGAAAGUGCAGGAGCUCGUGGAGAGAUUUGGAAGGCGUUUCGUUGCUUUUGACAACACAAACCCCACAAACCGACAUCAGGUGAGUCGACUCCUGCAGAGGGUUGACAAGCUGCUCGCUCAAAAUGAGAACCGUCACUUCAUCAGUCCAAUCAUAGAAGUCAUGCAGGAAGCCCAGAAGAUAAUAGAGAAGAAAAUGCAAGCUGAUAUGGCCGAAAGAAUGAAGAAAAUCAAGCAGGAGGUCAGGAAAAUGGCCGAUGAUCGAUGGCGUUUGUUUAUUGCAUCCAUGAAUGAAGAGAGGCAAGAAACAGAGAGAAAAAGGAAACGCAUACAAGGCAGGAUUAAACAGAUAGAGACGGAUAUAAGGAAAGAAGAGCAGAAUGCGCAUCCCAUCCCAGAGAGACUGGAACGGUUCAGAGCAUCUCUGAAUAGAGAGCAGGAGAACAUGAGAAGACUGGAGGAAAGAGAGAUUGAGGAGGAGGCGGAGAGAAUGGAAAGAGAAUAUAAAGAAAAGGAAGAUCUGGACAUCUGGAUCCAAGAAGAGGAGCAGAGAAGACUGAGUGAAGAAGGACAGAACAAUGACCUUCUCUCAAAACGCAAUAUGAAAUUGGCGAUUAUGCUGUCCAUGUUUAUGCUGGGGGUCGGAACCGGAUUUGCACCUGCGCUCUUAGCGUUUCUGUUCCCUGCAGCUCCAGCUGUGGAAGUCGGAUUGUCUGCCCAGAUUUUGUCCAGCUUGCUUGGAGCUGGAGCUGUAGAAAGUGGGAGUGUUUUUGGGACGCUCGCUCUAGUUGCAGUGAAAUCUGCAUCUAUAAAGCUGGCAGCGUUGACACAGUGCUCCAUUCAGUGAUCCGGUCAUGAUUGACAACCAAGAUUCCACAAUUAAUCAACCAAGUUCACAAAUCAAGGUUAUGAAAUACGUUUUUAAAAAACCCUAAACGCAUUAGUUAAGCUUGUUUGUGAUGCAUUUUGACUUCAGAUUUUGGAAAAUUAGAUUAAUUGAAAAUAUAUUAUACAUGACAAUAACAAAUUUUAAAUACAUUUAUACUGUGGUCUGUCUGAAUACUCGAUUCUGAUUGGCUAGAAGGCAGUUUAAUCACUGUUUUAUAUUAAUGCGCUGUUUUCAUUGAAGCUACACACACGUGUCACGUGACAUCUCACGUACAGAGAUCGGAGAUCACACAGAAACCUGACGCUGCCCUUGACUUUUUAUUGCGGGAUGUAAACAAAUGUAUUUGUCAAUGUAUCAUUCAUUCAUUCAAGAGAUUUGUUCAAAAACGAUGAUUCUUCCAGUAGCUACCAGGCUUGUUCAAGAUGCCUCGCGCUGCGCAGACCGAUCGGUGUGUGACAUCAGAGAGAGCGACUGUAACACAGAUUGUAAAUCACAGUAGCCUACAUAACAGACUGCUGUCAUAUAUUGUUGAAAAGGUCUCAAGUAGCAGAAUACAACAAGCGUAUUUGUUUCAGUUAGAGACCAAACUAUACCAAGUAUUUGUAUGAAAUAACGUCGCCGCAUGUAAACAAGUAUAUACAUGAUGCUUUUGCACCACGUUUUUGUUUGUAACUUUGCAAAAUAUCAGUAAACCAUAGUAGAUCUUUGGCGAAUGUAGUACGUCCGAAUUUGCAUCGGGCGGUUCUUUGCCUGCCCUCCAUGUCAAUCAUUUAAUGUACAGCUAGCUGUGGAUUAGCCUAUUUUUUCCCCUCACAAUUGUGAGCAAUUUGGAGUUAUAAAGUCUGAACUGCAAGAUUAUCUCAGAUAAUUCUAAGGGGAAAAAAGUCCGAAUUUUGUACAUACAUUUUUAAUACAAUAGUUCAACAAAGUGUUAUACAUAUUUUGAUAUGCAAGUGAUUAUUAUCAUGUUUAUUGAUUUUAAUUUGACUGGCACAAAAGGCACUUCCUUAAUGACAUCAUCCUCCAGGAAGUGACAUCAUUAACUGAAGGAAUCAGAAGCACAAACUUCAGUAAGUGUUAUCAAUGGAUUUGGUCAGUUUUGUGGUUGAACGUUUUGUGUUUGUCACUUAAAACAAAUCCUGUUUGAUCAAAGUACACAAAAUCAUUUUAAUGCAACAUUUUGAAAGUUGGUUAAAAACAUGAAAGUUGAUGAUCUAAGGAUUCUCAAUAGCAUCCUGUGUGUUACUUUAAGAGAGCAACCAUUUACAUCUGUGCUGUUUUAUUGUUUUCUUUGUUUGUAUAUGAUUAUAAUCAUUAGUCGUUGUUGUCAAAUGAUUUACAUUUACCAUUUACUCAUGUAUUCAUCAUUUUAUUAUUAUGAUUGAUUUAUUUUGUUUUUAUUUUUAUAUCACUUAUUUUACUUAUUAAAUGCUUGCUAUAGUUUGAUCUUCAUGACUGUGGUUUGAAGGGAUGUUUGUUUUCGUGAGUAGGAGAUCAAGAAUGUCUCCAUUUCAAGGUUUUUAACGUCACAGGAGAUGAUGUGGUGAAGCAGGAAUUUUCCAUUGUUAUUGCUUCGGUAUAAUAAACACUUGUUGGAUGUUGUACUGGUCAGAUGAAGUGAGCACUGAAACACACAGCUAAGAUUAUUCAAUAAACUGCUCUUUUUCCUAUCA